AUGGCAAGACAAAUCCAAGCAAUCCCCCUCGCAGCCCGGGAGGACACCAGUUCCGGGGUCGACUCGCGGUCGGACUCAGCCGCUACAGCCCCGGCACCAGGCUUACCACCAGUAUCCCGCAAAAAGCAGGCUGCAGUGCUCUUAUCGGCCUUCAUGGCCAUAGCCCUGACCAUAGGAUACGAUCAGUGUUGGGGCGUGUUUCAAGAGUAUUACCUCUCGUCCAGCCAGGAUGUUCUGGUGCCCUCUCCGGCUUCAGAAGCCUCGCCGCCGACGGCGCUGCUCACGUUUGUCGGCGCCUUGUGCUAUGGACUGACCUGGGCGGGUGGGAUUCUGGUGAACCCAGUGCUAGCACGUAUUGAGCAAGGCAUCUGGGCUCCGACCACCCCCUCGACGCGCCUAUGGCGCCGCAGAUUCCUUCGCCUGUUGACGCUUAAGACCAUCACCAUUUCUGGAGUGCUCAUGAUGGCCGCUGGGUUCUUGCUGGCCUCUUUCAGCAGUACAAUAUGGCAGCUUCUGCUUACACAAGCUGGCGGCGGCAUCGGCGGUCUUAUACUUUCUCCUGUGAUCCGAGUGCUUCUCAGCUCCGUCGGUGGUCGUUGGACCCUCCGCAUCUAUGCCGUCUUUAGCCUGGUUGCUGGCUUACCAAUUGCCUGGACAGUUCCCCGGAGUCGAUUGGUAUCAGGUUCGACUGCAGAAGGACCGGAGAGGCCAAAAACCCACGUCUCACGCGAACUGGCCAUGAGAUCGACGUUUCUUUUCUCUGUUGUGGCUGCGUUCCUCCAGGCCGCCGGCGCCCAGCUACCUCUCUCUUUCAUCCCCUCCUACACCGUUGGCCUUGGCCUAUCAUCCUCAACAGGCGCAGACCUCCUGGCCGCCAGCAACGCCAUUAACGCCGUAUCGCGCGUCCUAACAGGCUACGCUGGCGAUCGCCUGGGCCGACAGAACACGCUUGUCAUGACGCUCUUCCUCGCUGCAGGCAGCGUCUUCGCCUUCUGGCUCACCAGUGUCCUGACAGCGACCUCAUCCGCCUCCAACUCUCUCUGGAUGGCUUUCAUCGUGCUUUACAGUUUUUCAGCCGGCGGGUACUACGCGUUAUUUCCCGCACUUAUCGCCGAGGUCUUUGGCAUUCGUCAGUAUGCCUCGGUGAAUGCAUUUAUACUGUUUGUCAGGGGGCUGGGAACAAUGUUCGGGAGCCCGAUUGGAGCGCAGCUGCUGGGCAAUUCGGGAGAGAAGGCGACUGCGUACGCAAGUAUUGCAUAUUGGGACGGGGCGCUCUUAGCCGGCGCGACGCUUUGCUGUGUGGGUGUCAGGUGGGCAGAUGGGAAGGGGAAGGGAUGGAAAUGGAUUGCCUGA